CAUAGAGACACUCCAUCCCUAUCAGCAAGGCGCCUUUGGCUGCCGGGCUCAUUGGCUCACACAGGAGAGAGAUUCUGUGAAACAUCAUGUCGACGCUGCUGGACCUGAAGAGUAGUGUGCUGAGGCAGGUGCAGAGGAGCCAGUCCCUGAGGAGCCGGAGGGAGCCGCCGCCCGCCGCCAGCAGCCCCCUCACCCACUGUCCUGAGCCCUUUCCUCGCAGGAUUUCAGAGGAGAGCGCAGAGUUCUUUGAGCGUAUGAACGCCGUCCUGCAGAAACAGGAGAACAUGCUGCGUGCUGCCCAGGCUGAGUGCCAAAGAGGGCUCUGCACAGUGCCACCGCCCCAAGAGUAUGUGGACCAAGCCUUUAUCCCCGACAGAAUCAGCAGGACCGAGCUGGAUCUGCUUUAUGAGGAGGCUGUGUACACAGUGGUCAACAGAGUGGGCGUGGCCUCACCAGAACAUGUGAAGAGUGACGAGGAGCUGUUCGCCUACCUUCUGAAGGUGUUUGAUAUGGGUGAGGAGGAGCACGAUAUUAUUCUUCAAAAAGUUCAAGAAUCCAAGCGAGCCGGUUUUUCCUUGAGAGUUUCUGUCAUGAAAGCGAAGAACCUGAUGGCAAAAGACGCAAAUGGGUAUAGCGACCCCUACUGCAUGCUGGGAAUCCUGGUUGGUCAGAGCCCCCGGGAGACGGAGGAAAAAAAGGAGAGAAAGUUCAGCUUCAGGAAGAGGAAGGAGAAGCUGGAGAAGCGCUCCAGCACCAAGGAGGUGUUACCAGCCAGGUGUAUCCAGGUGACGGAGGUUAAACCAGAGACCCUGAACCCGGUCUGGGAUGAGCACUUUGUGUUUGAAAUAGAUGACGUCCACAAUGAUCUCUUACAUCUGGACAUAUGGGAUCACGAUGAUGACGUCUCUGUUGCUGAAGCCUGCAAGAAGCUCAAUGAAGUUAGUGGACUUCGAGGAAUGGGCAGAUAUUUUAAGCAGAUAGCAAAAUCAGUGCGCUCCAAUGGAUCGGCAUCAUCGGGUUCUGAGGAAAAUGCUGAUGACUUCCUCGGAUGCAUCAACAUCUCUUUGAGCGAGAUUCCAGUGACCGGCUAUGACACCUGGUUUAAACUGGAGCCACGGUCGAGUGCAUCCAAGGUUCAGGGCGAAUGUCACCUGAUCCUGAAGCUCUUCACCAGCCAGAGAGACACAACUUUGUCUAAGAAAGACUCAAAUGUCUCCAUUCACAAGAAGCUCCUGAGUCAAAUUGUGGAAUACGAGCACGCUCAUGUUAAGAGAGAACCGUACAACUGGAACGGGCAGGUUAGUCCUCCUGCGUGGACGGUACUAACUCACCAUGCUGUGCAAACUGAUCUUUCACUUCUCCAGCAGGCCAUUAUUCGCUGGCAGUGCUACAGUAACCACCAUCGGACCCAGAGGGUGUGCUACUCCCUGCUGCUGCGCCUCCUGAGGACCAUCGAUGCAGAAUGGGAUGCUCCCACUGUGAGGGGAGACCUGGAGAGGCAGCUGUCAGACAGCUUCAGGCUGUACACAGAGCACUGCCUGUGCCUGAUGAAGAACAUGCGGCAGGUUUUCCCCUGCACCAGCGCCGCUGCCAUUACACGCUACGAGCUCAUGCUGAGGGGGAUUGGCUACAUGCAAAACAUGCGGGCGUUUAAGACUGUUUGUCCUCUUCGAAAUGAACUCCAUCUGGACAUCACCACUGCUAUUAAGAAAGGAACAGCGGAGUGGUACGAGAGCUUAAUUGCACAAUACAAACCAGAGGAGGGGACUCUGGAGGAGCAGCUGAAGAAGCUGGUACAUGUGGUCGAUGCUGUUUGUGCAGAUGUGCAGAGAGCCCAGAACAUCUACAACAAACUGUUCUACAGUGCGGUCAAAGUAGAUUUCUUCAGCAUAUCAUACAGGCAGUUAGAGAAACUGGUCGCCGAUGAUGUAAACGUGGCGAUGGAGCGAGUGUGCGGGACUCUGGAGCAGGAAAGUUCCAGACUGACACAGACGAUGGGCGAGACCAUCUUUGAGCUCUUCAUGUCUCUGAAGAUCCUCAAAAGCUUUCGGGAGUUUCUUCCUCUCAAGGAUGCUAAAAUGCUGGCCCUGACAGGAUUUCAUAACUGGUUCAAGUCCUCCAUUCACAAGUGGCUGCAGAUCGUCCACGACAGAUCCUGCGACAGGAUUUGUAAAGCAGUGGAAGUAGAUAAGAUUGAUCCAGUGCAGGAGGCUAAACACAGCUCCUCAGCUGUGGAGGUGACAACAUGCUUCAGCCAGGUACGCGAGAUCUGGCUCCAGCUGGCCUGGCCAGACUCUGCGGGGGCCUUCAUCUUUAUUACCCGUUUGACAGACAAUUUUUGCAGUGAAGCUGUGUGCUAUUCAGAGAUGAUAACACGCAAGAUUGAAAGGAACCAGCUGGGUCGAGACCACAAGAGCUUCACAGUGCAGCUCUGCAUCGCUCUGAACAACAUGGAACGCGUUCGCGUUUUUCUCAGUCACCUGCCUCGAGACCUGGACUGGACCGGCGUGGAGCGGGCCAUGGAGGAGUCCUGUGGUCUGGAGGGGAAGGAGCAGGUUUACAAGGCCCUCAACGGGCAGCUCUUCAACAUGGACCUGGACCUGCAGAGGGAAGCCAAGCGCCUCAUCACGGUGCUCACCGACAAGAUGCUGCCUGAGCUGCGGAGGUACAUCCAGCACAUCAGCCUCUCUCCAGACUCCAUCAACAAUGAUGAGGCUGUGUCCCCCCUCAUGAAGUAUUUACAAGACACCAUGAACAUCCUCACCGAAACUCUUGUGAAGGAGAAUCUGACAAGAGUUCUCCAAAGCAUGUGGGAGCUGCUGCUGCGAAUGAUCCUGGACUCAGUCACCGAAAACAGAGGUGUUCAGGUGGAGUUCUACAACCGAUUUCAGUACACAGUGGAGACUCUGCUGCAGUUCUUCCACGCCAAGGGGGAGCUGCUUUCAGUGGAAGAUAUGAAGAGUGGAGACUACAAGGUCCUGGAUGAGGAGCUCAAGCUGAAUAAAUGCUCCUCUUUCGAGCUGAUUGAACAGUACUAUCUGGAGAAGAUUUCCCACCAGAAAACACUGAAACACACUCGCUACGGUCGGAUCAGUGUGAAGUGCUACUACGACGCUCCAGAGCAGAGACUCACAGUGGAAAUCCUGCACGCUGCAGAUAUCAUUGCACUGGAUGCAAAUGGACUCAGUGACCCGUUUGUCAUUGUGGAGCUCUGUCCUCAUCACCUUUUCCCAAUGGCCAAGAGUCAACGCACACAAGUCAAACUGAAGACUCUGCACCCUGUUUUUGACGAGCUCUUUUAUUUUCACGUCAGUCCUGAACAGUACAGACACAGAUACGCCUGUUUGACCUUCACUGUGAUGGACUACGACUGGCUUUCCACCAACGACUUCGCCGGCGAGGCGGUGGCUCCUCUCAGCGACUUCUGCUGGCCGGGGAGACCGAACGCCUCAGCGGCUGGCAAGAGCGUCCAGCCGUCCAUUCUCCAUCUGUCUCGCAGUAAACCCAGCGAGAAGCCCAUCAUGAGGAUGCUGGACGCUCGCAUCGGAGACAGGGAGGCUCAGGAGUUUGUCCGCAGGCUGAAGGAGAUUGAAAAGUCAAUGGAGGAGGAGUAACAGCUGUCAGCGCUGCCCGUGUUGGUGUUUUCUGACCACGUCUUGCAACAUGUGCUUUUGUACUGGUACCAUGUUUACAAUAUUUGACUUUCUUUUUCCAAUGUUCUUGUUUGUUCAGUAAUUAUACCAAAAUAUAUGAAGAAGAAAAAAAAAUGGAAACAGUGAGUCGUAUCGCUGUUUCCUAACUGGGAGAUUCACAUCCUGUCACUGUGCAACCCUACGCUGUCUCAGUUAAACUCUAUUUUAGAACUUUAUGGAUAGACGAUCCUAAAUGUUACUAGUCUAUAUUUUUUGUAAUGAAGUUAUUGUUAUCUUUGUUGUAUGAUCUUUGAUAUGAUAGAUUUAACAUUUCAGAACUAUUUUGUGGAAGUAGCUUACAUAUCCAAUAGUAUUCAGUCUAAAGUCUAAAUCUAUACCUCAGAUAUGCUCAUUAGUCACAGGGGAGUUGAACAGGUAUUCACAUUCUUCAUGGACGUUGUACUGUAGAGGUAAAUUGCAUGAAAGCUGUUUUAGAAUGUAAAAGCUUGAAACGACAAAUAUUUAUCUGGAGAAAAAAAAAAAAUCCCUGUUUUGGGAGGGAAACGGUGGAGACGGACACUUAGCUCGGGGGAUUUGCACCUGGAGAGGCUUGGUGUUUUAAGGCCGGUCAGACAGAUCGGUAGCGCAGAGGCCGAACGUUCCCCCGAGGCCAACGCCGCCGCUCGGGUUCAUUCCACUUUUCAGAUUGCUCUUCACAAAGCGCAUGAUGGGUCAUUGAAAGCGACAAAUUCUUUUAACACGUUUUUUUUUUUUUUUUACUGUUUGACACAAUCAAUUCAACAGAGGGCUUUUUAUCCUCGUAGAGAAUUAUGUGGUCAUUUCUAUAGUCAAUAAAUCCGCCAGUGAUAGAAAAAGGAAGCAUCUUACACAAAUAAUAAG